ACAACUGACGUGAUGGCUACAAACACGAGUGUAAUUGUUUUGCUUCCAAAUGGACAUCGCCAAUCUGUCAAAGUCACGUUGAAUACUACUAUUCUACAACAUGAGGAACAGGUUUCCAGUUGCAGAUAAUAAGGAAUUAAAAGCCUGUCAUUUUGGGCCACCCUAAUGGAUAUUAGAUUUAAAUUCUAAAGUUAAAUAUUUUUAUUGUAUUAAAUAAAUACCAAAACUAAAUAUUUUUCGACCUAGAAUACAUUUAUAACAUAAAGAAGUAUCGAGCCUUCAUAUGAAAAGUAGUAUAGAGUAAAAAAGUAUGUAUAUGCAAAUAUUUGUGUAGUAGAAUCAAAAGAUUAAAUUUGUAAUUAAGAGUAUUUAUCCAUAAACCAUCGAAAGAACAACGUAAUUAUGAGCGAAUGAUUUUUUUCGUGAAAGCAACAAUUUUCGGAUUUUAUAUUGUAAAAGGUGCUUGACGAAGUAUGCCAGAAACAUGGCUUCAAAGCAGAGCGUUAUGAUGUCAAGUAAGCCCAUAAGUGUAUUACAUUCUCAUCAGAGAAGGCAUUUUAAUAAAAUAUUGGAUGCGAACGCCAUUUUUCGCUUUACUGGGUUAUCAAAUAAUGCUCAGCUAGAGAUGGUGCCAUGUAGGAAGGAGAGAGUGUUAUCAAAUAUUACUAUAGGAAUACAACUAGAAGAUGGUCAACGUUUGAUGAGCGAUUUUUCACCUAAUGCAGUGUUAAGCGAAAUACUAUCAUGUUUAAUACCUGAUGAGUCUACUGAUACAGCUGUUUUGGUUUACAUGCAUCGUGAGGUAUUUGGAGAAGAAUUAAAGAAGACAACAUUAAAGUCUUUAGGACUUACAAAAGGUAGAGCAAUGCUGAGACUUUUGCAUCGUGAUCCUAAUCAGAAAAGGGAACAAGCUCACGUGUAUGUUCAAAAAAAAAUGAAUAACACUAUUAAAGAAUAUGAAAAUCCAUCGUCAUCAUUCGAAAAUUACAUUUCAAACAAGAUUCUGGAUCCUAUUAAAUUAAUUAAAGUUGAAAUUGACAAAAAAAAGAAAGAAAAUGAACUUCGAAACUCGCAAGGACAGGAUACAGAACCGUUUCAUGUUGAAUCCAGUCCUACAUCUAAAAGCGAUAUGAGAAAGUAUAAUGAAGAAAGCAAUUUACUAAAUACGGUUGGAUUUGAUAAGUUUCAGAAUGAUGACAUUAAAUUGAACCCGUCUAAAAAAGAAGGAAGCAGUGUAAUUAAUACGAGCGAAUUGAAUAAUUUCCAUAAUGAUGACAUUAAAUUAGAAUAUUUGGGAGAAAGAAAUGCGCUAGUAUUUAACCAAGCAGGAGCCAAAGCCAUUCCCCGAGAAGAGUUGCCGGAUUCUUUCUUUGACCUAACGGUUGAAGAUGCAAAAGUGCUAUUACGGGACGCGAGGAAAACCCGUAACAGAAUGGAGGAAUCACAACUCUUAACAGAGUCACAGCGUCAGUUAGAUAUUGAUAAAAAAACAUUCAAUCAACUACACAAAUAUCAACGAGCUAUCAUUAGGAUACAAUUUCCAGAUCAGUUGGUGCUUCAAGGAUUGUUUGAACCACUGGAGACUGUACAAUCAAUUAAAGAUUUCGUCAAAAAUUAUUUGCAAAAUCCUGAAAAGGAUUUUACUCUCUAUAUGACUCCUCCUCGAAAGGAUUUAAAUCCGAAUUUGCGCCUUAGUGAUGAAAAUCUUAUACCUUCGUCAGUUAUUCAUUAUUCUGGUCCAAGUCUUCUUAAAUCGGAAUUGAAGGAAAAGAUGACGGAUCCACUAGUCGCUACAAUCGAAGCCACGAAAACGAGGCGAACAGGUGCACGAGAACUUCAAGAAUCCUCUAACCCAGCACCAGGAUCUAGCAAGUCCCAGCAUUCAGAUGAACGGAGAGUCCAAGCACCAAAGUGGCUCAAAGGAUUUUUUAAAUAAUCUACUCAAAAACUUAAGUUUUUUCAGACAAAGUGAGCUUCGAGAAAAAUAUUUUUUGAAGUAUUGUCAAUCCCUGAUAUCUUUGUACGUUUUUGUUUUGUGUUGAAAAUAUAAAUUACAAAAGAUAUGCAUUACUG